AUGCCCGCUCUCGCCUCCGCCCGCUACGGCAAGGACAAUGUCCGCGUCUACAAGGUCGAGCGCCACGGCGACUCCCAGACCGUCACCGAGAUGACCGUCUGCUGCCUGCUCGAGGGCGAGAUCGAGACAUCCUACACCGUCGCCGACAACAGCGUCGUCGUCGCCACCGACUCCAUCAAGAACACAAUCUACAUCAAGGCCAAGGAGAACCCCAUCAACCCGCCCGAGCUCUACGCCUCCAUCCUCGGCACCCACUUCCUCGACACCUACAAGCACAUCCACGCCGCCAACAUCAAGAUCGUCCAGCACCGCUGGACCCGCAUGACCGUCGACGGCAAGCCGCACCCACACUCCUUCUUCCGCGACGGCGAGGAGACCCGCAACGUCGAGGCCCGCAUCUCCCGCAAGGACGGCAUCGCCCUCACCUCCGCCAUCCAGAAGCUCACCGUCCUCAAGAGCACCGGCUCCGCCUUCCACGGCUUCGUCCGCGACGAGUACACCACCCUCCCCGAGACCUGGGACCGCAUCCUCUCCACCGACGUCGACGCCCAGUGGUCCUGGAAGUUCCCCGACGUCGCCGCCGUCAGGGCCGCCGUCCCCAAGUUCGACCCGGCCUGGCAGGCCGCCCGCGACAUCACCAUGAAGACCUUCGCAGAGGACGAGAGCGCCAGCGUGCAGAACACGAUGUACAAGAUGUGCGAGCAGAUCCUCGCCGCCGUGCCAGAGGUCCUGACCGUCACGUACACGCUCCCUAACAAGCACUACUUUGAGAUCGACCUCAGCUGGCACAACGGCCUGAAGAACACAGGCAAGGACGCCGAGGUGUACGCGCCGCAGUCCGGCCCGAACGGUCUCAUCAGGUGCGAGGUCGCGCGCUCUGCCAAGAACGAGACGGCCAAGUUGUAA